AUGGCGGCACAGAGCCAGCCUCUGAAUGUCAGGCCUGAGCCUGCACCGAUCGCUCAGCUCAUACCACUCGCCCUCAGCGUCAUAUCCGGACUCUUCUCCCUUGCCCGGGCCGCCUGGGGUUACACAAUCGCCGGAACCGCGCUCUUACUGGCACCUAUCAGUUUCCUCGUCAUCCCCGCUCUUGUAUUUGUGUUUGCGCCCAUAACCGCGUCCCUUCGUCUGGUCCUCGACCUUGUCCUGGCGCCUUAUUACACGAUCGUCUUCAUCUCGCAGACCAUCCUCCCGUUCUACAUUAUCAUUGGAUCUGCUCUCUUUUGUGGUACUAUACUUGGUCUAUGCGCUAGGCAGGCGGUCGGACUGACUGGCACGAUACUUCUGGGGCGGAGCAUUAAAGAAGGACGUGGACGUGCGAUCGGACAACCGACGUCGUCUAUAUUCGGCGAACAUGCAUAUCGAAGACAACGGUCUUUUGAUGUCUUGCUAUCUCAUCGACUAGGAUAUUGUGAUUUCAUCGGGGCGUCUGUCGUUGUAUCGUAUCAAAAAGUCGCUUUAUAA